AGCCCGACAAGGAGGAUACUUAUCUGCACAACGGCAGAAAAAUACUUUUCGGCAACAGAAAACACAUGUUAGCUCCUGUUAAUGAUGUCAUUGAUGGCGUGGGGGGAGUCAUUUGACCGUCUUCUGGAGUGUAAAACUGGCCAGCUGGUGUUUGAGGACUUCUUGAGGACAGAGUACAGUGACGAGAACCUUCUUUUCUGGCUGGCCUGCAAAAAGUACAAGAAAAUAACCAGAGUGACAGAAAUGACCAUUGCUGCCAAACGGAUAUACACUGAGUUUGUCCAAGUUGGUGCACCUAGACAGAUAAACAUUGACUGUGUGACCAGAGAAGAAAUCAGUAAAAAUAUCUCUCAGCCGGGGCCAAAUUGCUUCGACGGGGCGCAGAAACUGAUAUAUGGCCUGAUGGAAAACGACUGUUACCCACGAUUUCUGAAAUCAGAAAUCUACCAAGAUCUCCUGGAGCCGGCUGAACAGCAAUGAAAGUAAGAUGAAGAAGAAGAAGACAAAAAAAACAUGGCUGACACCUCUUUGAUUGAUUGAUUUUGCACCUCAGAAGACUCUUUAGAAACUCAGUUAAACAAAAAGGGCUGCCUGUCAGACGAAGGAGGAGUGAAAGGACAUACAGAGCUGUUGGUAUGGAGACUGACAGGAUCUAAAAGCCAAACAUGAUCUAAAUAAUGUAUUAAGCUGCUUUUGAAGUCCAUUUUUGUUUUGGAUUUGAUGGUGCACAAAACGCCUGUAAUUCAAAAAAAAAAAAAAAAAAAGAUAUCACGCCUUGAAAAGUUGACAUUUGUUUGGAUGAACAUCAAGGGUAAAUUCUGUCAUUUGUAAACACUCCUCCUUAAAUGAUUUAGAAUAUGUUUUGGGAAAGUUAAUUUUUCAUUACACUGUCUUUUAGUAUCCAAUCACACAAACUAAUAAGAUGUGAACAGUACCUAAGCAAUAUGAUAGGAUGUAACAGGUGAUGUCAUCUCUUUGGCCUGAUGAAAUUCUCUUUGUGUAUAUUUGAAAAGUGUUUUUUUAUGGCAGUAGGAAAUGUACAAAAAUGUUCUAUUGUUGCAGCGGUGAAUCACACGGGCUUAGAUUUAGUUUAGUCUGGCUGUACAUAACCUGCUGCCUCUGGAAAGAGUUUGUUUGCUGCACAGCUUGGAAACAGGCUGCCAAUCAUCUGAUUACUGUACAAUGUGAUACCACCGGACCAUUGUACGCUCCCUGUCAAAAUAUUGACAGUAAAUAUCGUAU